AUGGCGCUCGAACGAGACCAAAGAGCGCGGCACCCUCUCAUGCAGCGGUGGCCGGAGGCGUGGAGCAGCUUUCACGAGGUCAGUGACGUGCUUUGGCCCACCACCAAGGGUCUCUGCGCGGCGGAGAUCGAGCUCCACGCCGUAAAGAAGGCGGUGGACGGCGAUGAAGAUGGCGCCGCCGAGCAGCUCAAGGCGGACAAGGAGGGUUACGAGCUCAGGGCCCAACAACAGCCUGCGGCCGAGCUGCCCAGGCCGAAACAAUUUCUGUAUCACGAGUUCGAUCGAUCGCACGAACACCCUGACUCCCUGUCUGUUUCGUUUCUCCCAGGCGGCAAGCGCAGCCUAACAGGCUAA